AGAAGGAGAGUAUGGGGCGAGCUCCGGCCCGGGUGCGGUCGGGCUUCGGGGGCGAAGGCGCCGCCGCCAUCUAACUCGCUGCGCCCGCGAGGCCCGGCGCGCGGAUGGUGCCGGUGCGGCUCGGGUGUUGAUCCGCGUGUCCCUUCCCCCUCCUCCCCUCCCCCACGCGGUGGUCUCCCCUCUUUCCCCGGCCCGGCAGAGCCAUGUCUCGGGGUGGCUCCUGCCCACACCUGUUGUGGGACGUGAGGAAAAGGUCCCUUGGGCUGGAGGACCCGUCCAGGCUGCGGAGCCGUUACCUGGUUCUCCUGGUUAUCUGAUAAGAUGUCAUGGGAGCCAGAGAAGAAGAUUAUGUCAAGGAGACAGCAGUUACCUGCGAUAGCUAAUGCUAUGAGAUUGUGAAAAAUGUGCCUUCAAAGAGACUGUUGAAUUUACUGAUACCCCAUGAUUUCUGAGAACAAAACCAAUGAACAGGAGGGGGCAAAAAGGAAGACCUGACAAUGAGCUAGAGAAGGCAGUGUUGGUAGGAAGAAGAGAAUUUAUCCAAAGAUUAAAACUUGAAGCAACCCUGAAUGUGCAUGAUGGCUGUGUUAAUACGAUCUGUUGGAAUGAGACUGGAGAAUAUAUUUUAUCUGGCUCAGAUGACACCAAGUUAGUAAUAAGUAAUCCUUACAGCAGAAAGGUUUUGACAACAAUUCGUUCAGGGCACCGAGCAAAUAUAUUUAGUGCAAAGUUCUUACCAUGUACAAAUGAUAAGCAGAUUGUAUCCUGUUCUGGAGAUGGAGUGAUAUUUUAUACCAAUAUUGAGCAAGAUGCAGAAACCAACAGACAAUGCCAAUUUACGUGCCAUUAUGGAACUACCUAUGAGAUUAUGACUGUACCUAAUGACCCGUAUACUUUUCUCUCUUGCGGUGAAGAUGGAACUGUUAGGUGGUUUGAUACACGCAUCAAAACUAGCUGCACAAAAGAAGAUUGCAAAGACGAUAUUUUAAUUAACUGCCGACGUGCUGCCACAUCUGUAGCUAUUUGUCCACCAGUACCAUAUUAUCUUGCUGUUGGUUGUUCUGAUAGCUCAGUACGAAUAUAUGAUCGGCGAAUGCUAGGCACAAGAGCUACAGGUAAUUAUGCAGGUCGAGGAACUACUGGAAUGGUUGCUCGUUUUAUCCCUUCCCAUCUUAAUAAUAAGUCCUGCAGGGUGACAUCUCUGUGUUACAGUGAAGAUGGUCAAGAGAUUCUUGUUAGUUACUCUUCAGAUUACAUAUAUCUUUUUGACCCAAAAGAUGAUACAGCAAGAGAACUUAAAACUCCUUCUGCAGAAGAGAGAAGAGAAGAGUUACGACAGCCUCCAGUUAAGCGUUUGAGACUUCGUGGUGAUUGGUCAGAUACUGGACCCCGAGCAAGGCCUGAGAGUGAACGAGAACGAGAUGGAGAGCAGAGUCCCAACGUGUCAUUGAUGCAGAGAAUGUCUGACAUGUUAUCAAGGUGGUUUGAAGAAGCAAGCGAAGUCGCACAAAGCAAUAGAGGACGAGGAAGAUCUCGACCCAGAGGUGGAUCUAGUCAGUCAGAUGUUUCAACUCUUCCUACGGUCCCAUCAAGUACUGAUGUGGAAGUGGGUGAAGCUGCAAUGGAAGUAGAUACUCCAGCUGAACAGUUUCUUCAGCCUUCUACAUCCUCUGCAAUGCCAGCUCAGGCUCAUUCGGCAUCAUCUUCUACAGAAAGCCCUCAUUCUACUUCUUUGCUGUCUUCUCCAGUCAGUGAACAAAGGCAGUCUGUUGAGGCAUCUGGACACCAUACACAUCAUCAGUCUGAAUUUCUAAGAGGGCCUGAGAUAGCUUUGCUCCGUAAGCGCCUGCAACAACUGAGGCUUAAGAAGGCUGAGCAGCAGAGGCAGCAGGAGCUAGCUGCGCGUACCCAGCAACAGCCUUCCACUUCUGAUCAGUCUUCUCAUGAGGGCUCUUCACAGGACCCUCAGGCUUCAGAUUCUCCUUCUUCUGUGGUUAACAAACAGCUCGGAUCCAUGUCACUUGACGAGCAACAGGAUAACAAUAAUGAAAAGCUGAGCCCCAAACCAGGGACAGGUGAACCAGUUUUAAGUUUGCACUACAGCACAGAAGGAACAACUACAAGCACAAUAAAACUGAACUUUACAGAUGAAUGGAGCAGUACUGCCUCAAGUUCUAGAGGAAAUGGGAGCCACUGUAAAUCUGAGGAUCAGGAGGAAUCCUUGGUCCCACAAAGUUCCAUACAACCUCCAGAAGGAGAGAGUGAAGCAAAAGCUCCUGAAGAAUCAUCAGAGGAUGUGAUGACACUUCAGGAAGGUACAUCUGCAGAAAGCACAGCUCAAAACCGUACAGAUAUAGCACAAUCAGAUAAGUUUACUUCUGAGCCAUUGGAUUCCGGCUCAGGAGAAAGGAGUGACUUCAAUCUUGAUAGCCCUUGUGGGGUUCCAGAAGAAUCCACUUUGUCUGAAAAAGACAAGGAACCAGGAACUUCAGAUCACACUGAAAGUGCUACCGGUCAGACUACCAGCAAUCCUGAGCCUCAGUCACAGACAGAAGCUGUUGGGCCUUUGGCUCAUGAAGAAACGUUGGCCAGGGACUCCGCUCUCCAGGACACAGAUGACAGUGACGAUGACCCAGUCCUGAUCCCAGGUGCAAGGUAUCGAGCAGGACCUGGUGAUAGAUUUAAUAUCAGAGGAACAACAAUAGGUGAUAGAAUAAUGAGACGCUCUGCUGUUGCCCGAAUUCAGGAGUUCUUCAGGCGGAGAAAAGAACGGAAAGAAAUGGAGGAAUUGGAUACUUUGAACAUUAGAAGGCCACUAGUAAAGAUGGUUUAUAAGGGCCAUCGCAACUCCAGGACAAUGAUAAAAGAAGCCAAUUUCUGGGGUACUAACUUUGUAAUGAGUGGUUCUGACUGUGGCCAUAUCUUCAUCUGGGAUCGUCACAGUGCUGAGCAUUUAAUGCUUCUGGAAGCUGAUAAUCACGUGGUAAACUGCCUGCAGCCACACCCGUUUGACCCAAUUCUAGCCUCGUCUGGCAUAGAUUAUGAUAUAAAGAUCUGGUCACCACUAGAAGAGUCAAGGAUUUUUAACCGAAAACUUGCUGAUGAAGUUAUAACUCGAAAUGAACUCAUGCUGGAAGAGACUAGAAAUACCAUUACAGUUCCAGCCUCUUUCAUGUUGAGGAUGUUGGCUUCACUGAAUCAUAUUCGAGCUGACCGGCUAGAGAGUGACAGAUCAGAAGGCUCUGGUCAGGAGAAUGAAAACGAGGAUGAGGAAUAAUCAGCUCUUACUGGCAAGCACUUAGAUGUUCUGAAAUUUGUAUAAGACAUUUAUUAUAUUUUUUUCUUUACAGAGCUUUAGUGCAAUUUUAAGGUGGUGGUUUUUUGGAGUUUUUCCCUUUUGGGGGAUAACCUAACAUUGGUUUGGAAAGAUUGUGUGCAUGAAUUUGGGAGUGUGUAUAAAACAAAACUAGCAAAAUGUGUUAAAAAACGUUUUGCCGUGUAUGAGGAGUGCUAGGAAAUGCAAAGUGCAAUAUUUUCCCUAACCUUCAGAUGUGGGAGCUUGGAUCAAUAUUGAAGAGUAAUUUUCAUUAUAGUGAAAAUGUUGGUUCAAAUAAAUUUCUACACUUGCCAUUUGCAUGUUUGUUGCUUUCUAAUUAAAGAAGAUGGUUGUUUUAAGA